UUGAAGUUGUUUGAUCAGCUGGUGAAUUAAUUUGUUUAUAUUAUCGCAUGUAGCAGACGCGUUUACAAAUACUAUAUUUUUAAUCAAAUAAAAUAAAUGGGUGGUGGAGAUUUGAAUUUAAAAAAAUCAUGGCAUCCGCAUACGAUGAAAAACCAAGAAAAGGUUUGGAAAGCGGAACAAGCCAAAACACAAGAAGAAAAAAAGCUUAACGAUUUGCGAAGAGAGAUCGAAGAGGAAAAAAAUCGUGAGGAACUUAAACGGAUCGGGAGAGAGAGUGGCGUCUUGGGAGGGAGCAAUGAAGGUGAUAAAAAACUGGACUGGAUGUAUAAAAGCUCUACAGAGUUGAUAAAUCGUGAUGAAUAUUUAUUGGGACGCAAAAUUGACAAGUCCUUUGAGGUUCUACAGGCCGAGGAAAAGGAAAAAGAACAGCAAAAUCUUGUAGGUGUUAAACAGCCAUUGAACCAUGUAGAACACGAGUGUGUGCCCUUCUCGAUUCGAGCCUAUAAAAACCUACAAAAUUCUGAGCAAGUCGACCUACAACGUAAAGUAAUGGAAGACCCCUUGAUGUUGAUUAAGCAACGGGAAAUGGAAUCACGUAGGAAAAUUCUUGAAAACCCCGUCAAAUUGAAGGAAUUACACCGUAUAUUAAAAACAGAUGAAAAACUUAAAAAAGUAUCGAAAAAAUCAAAAAAAUCCAAAAAGAGUAAAAAAUCAAAAAAGAAGCAUAAGAAAAGAAACAAGUCUUCAUCCAGUUCCGACAGUAAUUCUGAUAGCGAUUCCGAUUCAGACCUGGACAGUAAAUUGGCAAAGAAACUUAAAGAUGGACUGUUAAACAAGGACGAGGCUUCCAGUAUGGGCUUAAAUCUGAAUAAACUGCUUGAUUCGAAAUUUGAAAAGAUUUCACAGGAACUUGACAAAGCAGCCGGAAAAAGCAAAAAACGUUCUAAAAAAAAUAAAUCAAGAAGUGAUUCAGAUACAAAUCGAAGUUCUGAUGAAGAACAACAUCGUAUGAAAAGACGGUCCAGGUCCGCUUCCAAGAACAGACAAUUUUCCCACAAAAACCGAAGAUCCAGAUCAGUUUCAAGAGACAGAGAGAGAAGAUUUAACAAAUAUGAAAAUAGACGAUCGAGAUCUCCAGCAGCAGGAAAUUACACGGAAAGAAGACCAACUUGGGGUGCAAGAUCUAUUUCGAGAUCACGAGAUAAUAACAACUAUAAAGCAACCAACAAAAUAUCCUAUUCACACGAUCGUAGGAGAUCAAGAUCUUUUUCUAGAAACAGAGAACAGAAAACAACCAUGCGAUCCACAAAUCGUGCGCGUUCUCGUUCAAGAGAUCGUAAAGUAAAGAAUAGGAGGGAAUCAAGAUCAACCUCGAAAUCACGAGAGUAUCGAAAUUCAAAUCAACGUAAUACAAGAUCCCGUUCAAAAUCUAGGAAUCGGUCACAAAAACUAGAAGCCAGCUGCUCCACUGCGCAACGUUCUGGAAAACUAACAGAGGUAGAAAAGCAAGCCAAAUUACGGGAAAUGAUGUCAAACGCUGCUUGGCGUGAAGAGGAGCGGACAGAGGUAGUUCGCAAACAUCGAGAAGCCUAUGCCCAAGAGGAGGAACGCAACACGGCACGAGAAUUUGAUAAAGAUUUUCUAAAUAAGGAAGUUAAAAAAGCCAUGGCUAAUCAAACUUCUGUAGGUUCACGUCUGCGAGCAAAUUUAAAUAAUAUCCAAAGAACUUCAGCAGCAAUGAAUUCAAAUUUUGCACGCAAAUAACUUUUACUAACCAAUCAUAUUGCUAAUUAGAAAUAUAGAAAAAAAAACACAAA